UCUCUCUCUCUCUCUCUCUCUCUCUCUCUCGCUAUAUAUCUCAUUCAUUUUCUGGUUGGUAUGCGUUUUGCACUAGCCACUAGGAGUGUAGUUUAUCAACGAUGACCAACGUACCAAGGUCUCUGAGUUACUCUUCUCUAACCCUUUUCAAGCAAGCCAUAGCUGCCUCAGAUCCUUGGCCGUUUUCCUUCGUUUUCUUGUAAGAUUUUCUCUAGGAGAAGAUCAAAAAGGGACUAGGGUUAGGUUUGUUUUUGUAUUCCCUCUUUUAUUGCCUUUGUUUGCUGGUUUCUUUUCAGAUAUGGGCAGUGGAGAGAAGAGCCUAAGAAAUUUCCAUCUGCACCUGCCUCACCUUCACCUUCACCAUCAUCACCAUAGUCAUCAUGGUGGGAAGAAACAAGGGAUCAGAGAUGUUCCAAAAGGGUGCUUGGCAAUCAAGGUGGGCCAGGGUGAAGAGCAGCAGAGAUUUGUGGUGCCUGUGAUUUACUUCAAUCACCCACUGUUCAUUCAGCUCUUGAAGGAGGCUGAGGAAGAGUAUGGCUUUGAUCAGAAGGGCACCAUCACCAUCCCUUGCCACGUGGAGGAGUUUAGGUACGUCCAAGGCAUGAUUGACAGGGAGAAGUCCCUCCACCACCCUCACCACCACCACCACCAUCAUGUUGUUGGGUGCUUUAGGGUUUGAUUAUCAAUCAAAGAUUGUGGCUUUUCCCUGUAAAUUUGGAGUCUUUUUUUUUUUUCCUUAGCUUUGGUUUGUUGGUCCUUGUUAGUUGGAAGAUGAUGGCAAAGAUGAUGUGAUGAUGAUGAAAAAAAGAUAAAGAUGAAUGUGGCUUGCAAUUGUAGUCACUUUGUUAUUGUUAGGAAUCAAAAUGAUGAUAAAGAGAAAAUCAAAAUGCUUUUCUUUUCUUUUAUAUAUAAUACUUUCCCCUUUCUCCUCUUUA